AUGGCUUCAAAGAACGGCAAUGGCAACGGCAAGAAGGCGCCGCCUUCAGCGGCUGUUAACUUGAUUGCCGGUGGUGGUGCUGGUAUGAUGGAAGCUCUCGCGUGCCAUCCCCUCGACACAAUCAAAGUCCGCAUGCAACUCUCAAGACGCGCCCGCCAACCCGGCGCCCCCAAGCGCGGCUUCCUAAAAACAGGCGCCGCCAUCGUCGCAAAAGAGACGCCCCUAGGUCUAUACAAGGGUCUCGGCGCCGUCUUCACAGGCAUCGUCCCCAAAAUGGCCAUCCGCUUCACCUCCUUUGAGAAAUACAAGCAGUUCCUCGCCGACGAAACAGGUGCUGUCUCUGGCAAGAGCGUCUUCAUCGCUGGUUUGGCUGCCGGUAUCACAGAAGCUGUCUGCGUCGUGACGCCCAUGGAGGUUAUCAAGAUUCGUCUCCAGGCGCAGCAUCACUCCAUGGCGGAUCCGCUGGACGUUCCCAAGUACCGCAAUGCUGCGCAUGCGCUGUAUACUGUUGUUAAGGAGGAGGGAUUUAGUGCGUUGUAUCGUGGUGUGAGUUUGACGGCGUUGAGGCAGGGUUCGAACCAGGCUGUCAAUUUCACGGCGUACAGCUACUUUAAGGAUUGGUUGAAGCAGUUGCAGCCGCAGUACGAGAACACCAACUUGCCCAACUACCAGACUACUCUGUGUGGUCUUGUUUCUGGAGCUAUGGGACCCUUGAGUAAUGCGCCUAUUGAUACUAUCAAGACGCGUCUGCAACGAGGUGGUGCUGAGCCUGGAACUAGUGCUUGGACUCGUAUUACUCGAAUUGCUGCCGAUAUGUUCAAGCAAGAAGGAUUCCAUGCUUUCUACAAGGGUAUCACACCCCGAAUCAUGCGUGUCGCUCCUGGUCAGGCUGUCACCUUUACUGUCUACGAGUUCCUGAAGGAUAAGAUGGAGAGGAGUAACCUGUCUCUCGUUGGAGGCAAGUACGAGGAAUAA